GGAACCCUCGCCUGCUCGUAGUCGGAGACGCCUGCGGCUGAGGCUGCUGUGAGAACUGCUCAACCCGGGCCGCCCUCCGCGUCUUCAUCUCCUCGGCUUCCUGGGGUCCCCGCCGCCUCCGUGGUCGAGAGCGAAGAUUGUCUUUGAGAAAGGAUCCCUCCCCACCCCCACCUCCCUACGGCGCAAACAGAAAUCGAGUCCCUGUAUAUAUUCCUUGGUUCUUGCUUCCUUGGGAAGCAUGAGUCUGUUGGAACUUGGGACAAGAAGAAAACAAGCUAUCUCUACAACAAAACCCAGACACUAAAAAGAGGUCCCAAACUCUGGAGAGCCAGGACACAAACAUGGCCGACAGUGGCUGCAGGGACCCUGUGGAAGACUCUCAAAAGGAUUCGGAAAACGAACCCUCAGUUCACUCUCAAGCACAGGGCACCACAGUCUCUCCGAGUGACCCUGAAGAAACCCAGACCCCACCUUCUGCCUCUGAUCUCAAGAGCGACCCUCAUGAGGUAGGGGUCAAAGGUCAAGAGCAUGCAGACACAGAUGACAGAUCAGAGAGUUCAGAGGAGACGACUUCAGACAAGCGUCCGAUGGAUAAAGCAGAACCCAAGAGCAGCCCGAGCUCUCAGGACACAGAGCAGGGACACCGCCCCCCCUCGGAACACCUGGGUGGAGAGGCCCUGCAUCUGGAUCCUCACUGCUCUCAAAGCAGCGAGGGGGGAAGAGGAGACGCCCAGCUGGGGAGCAGUUCUGCAGCUGCCCCCAAGGGAGCAGGAGAUGGAAGGGAAGCUGCUCAGGAGCCACUUACUGCAGACUCCACCGAUGCCCAGAGUUCUGCUUAUCCCAGUGCAGGCCCAGGGAGCCAGGACCACCUGAGGAGGCGGCUGCCUGUGCCAGAGGAUGGAAGUCCUGAAGAAGAGACACAGUCAGUGAGGAAAAAGGAAGAGGCUGCACAGGAAAGACUGAGGAAGACGGACAGCAGGAGUCUCUGGAGCUAUGGUCCUAUGUUUCUCUGCCUCCUGAUUGUGGCUCUUGUGCUACAUUCUGUCAACAGCUACUAUUUCUCUCCGGCCCAGCAAGUGCCCCAGAACCCAGCUUUGGAGGCUUUCCUGGCUCAGUUUAGCCAGCUGAAAGAUAAAUUUCCAGGUCAGAGUUCCUUUCUGUGGCAGCGAGGACGGAAGUUUCUCCAGAAGCACCUCAACGCUUCAAACCCUACUGAGCCUGCCACCGUCAUCUUUACAGCUGCUCGAGAGGGACGGGAGACCCUCAAGUGUCUGAGCCACCAUGUUGCCAACGCCUACACCUCUUCCCAGAAAGUGUCCGCUGUCUCCAUAGAUGGAGCUGAAAGAGCCCUGCAGGACAGUGACACCAUCAAGCUGUGGGUUGACUUGGAGCUUAGUAAUGGAUUUGAGAAUGGCCAUAAGGCUGCUGUCGUCCACCGCUUCGAAUCCCUUCCUGCAGGCUCCACCCUGAUCUUCUAUAAGUACUGUGACCAUGAGAAUGCGGCUUUUAAAGACGUGGCCCUCGUCCUGACCGUCCUGCUGGAGGAGGAGACAUUAGCAGCAAGCGUAGGCCCCAGGGAAACGGAAGAGAAAGUGAGGGAUUUACUCUGGGCUAAGUUCACCAACUCUGAAGCUCCCAGCUCCUUCAGCCACAUGGACUCAGACAAACUGAGUGGGCUGUGGAGUCGCAUUUCCCACCUGGUGCUGCCCGUCCAGCCCGUCAAGAACAUAGAAGAGCAAGGCUGCCUUUUGUGAAGCCAGGCCCAGCCCAGCUCCAGUCCCCUGGGGGGAGGUGGUUAGUUAGCAUGUGACAGGAAACAGCAGAGAAAAGGAGCUUUUCUUUUUUUUUCUUUUUACUUUUAUGAAAAUUUUCUAGUCUAAACUUUGAUAAAGCCAACAAUUGGCCUGAUGGUGUGUUUUCUUUGCCUUUUUAAGCAAAUCAGGCCUAAAAUACAACAUGAAUCAUAACACUGAGGGAUUGUUUAAAUCUCCGUGGGCAGAAUCACUGCAUAGGAAGAUCUGAUUUUCAGAGGAACCGUAGCAUGACCGCUGCCUUGGGAGGACUCCAAAGGGCCUCGGACUUGUAAUUCCAAUGAUUUCAGGGAACUCUUCUGCCUCUUACUAAGUAUUUUUAAGGUUUACUUUAAUAAUUUAGUUGUGGGGUUGUAUCUUACACAGAUUUGCACUUUGAAUAGAUGAAAACAGGAAGCUAAAAUUACCCUCCAAAUCCUACCUAAAAAUUUGGUGCAUGUCUCCUUUUAUUCCAUCAAUGAGCUGAGGGAAAGACGGCUUUGGUAAAAGAAAGUGUUCCUGAGUUGGAAUCAAUGUAGUAAUUGGUAGGAAUCCCUGGAGGUGAGGAAAUCCCAACUGGCUGUAUCGUUUCUCUGUGCCCACCAGCAGCCCCUUGCUUCAUAUCUCCGCUCUUGGCUGCUGUAUUUGGGGUUCUCUGUUAAGACUUCAGUGGAACUCAGUUUCACUGAGAAGGAAGUUUGAAAACCAUUGAUGAAGUGAAAAGCAUAUUCUAAAGAUACAAACUUGGGUAGGAAGAGAUGAAAGCGGUAGAGCUUAGGAGUCGGGAGAUGAAGUGAGGUUGGUUGUAGAGGGUGGUAGAGACCUACAGAAGGCCUACUAUACUAUAGGCUGUAGAGACAUGGCCUCUGGCUGGUUCAUUCUGUUCAUUGCUUCUGCUGCCGAGGGCUGGAAUGUCGCAACUGUCUGUGAUGAGCGUUGAGUGUAUAACUUUACCAAAUGGGAUUUGCUGUGCUCUGGUGGGACGUCACAUUCGUUUCUUGACAACUAGUUAGAAAUGGCAUUAGGGAAGGAAUUGGAGAAAUGCAAGAGGAUGUUCUACAUAGGGAAGAGAAAGAGAGAGAGUGUGGCCAACAGCACAUCCUGUGGUCCUGUGACUGUUCGCCUGGGGCCAAUAGCUGCUGACCUGCACACAAAGGCUAAAGUAAAACUCUAGUAAGAUAACCCCAUCCACAAAGGUCUGUUCCAUUACGUGGAUGGGAACAGCCCUGGAAUUUUGCACUAGGUUUUGGCUCAUCUGCUGCUGUGAGAUCAUGUAUAUAAUUAAGAAGUUAACUUACUGAGUGUGGAGGGAGUUUAGGGAACACUAAGAUGUCUAUCGAUAAUUAAAGGAUCACAAAGACCUGGGGUAGGGAGUGAGCUGAAAGUGUUUGCCACAGAAAGAUCCCAGACUGGCUUUGGGCGGAGCCUUUGCCGGACUAGGGUGGAGGAAUACAGGAAGAAACUGUGCCUUUGCUUUGAGAUUCUGAAGGACUCUUGCAAUAGAUUUGAGAAAAGACCUAAACCCAAAGUUUAAGCAUAGUGAAUAGAAUUUGAGUGUCGACCCAGUGUAGAACAGAGGGACUGGAAAAAAAAUCUGUGUGACAUCAUUUGUUUUUUUCUGUAUUUCUAGACUUCUCUUUGUUUUGAAUGCUAGUGGCUUGUAUAGCCCUGGUUGGCCUGGUCCUCACUCUGUGGCCAAGGGGAACUUUGAAGUUAGAGUAAUUUCUCAUGCCUCGGUUCCCUGAAUGUUGGGGUUAUAGGUUUAUGCCGCCAUACCUGGCUUUAAUCUCAGCCCUUAUCCAAGUAUUACUUCAUGGAAAACCAAGGGUGCCUUCAGAACUUCAUGUUGGCCUUUGACCUGCGCUACCUCAGGCUGCAGAGGAAGUGGUCUAAAGUGUUUGUACACAGUCUGUGUCCAUGGCUCAGAUCACAGGUGGAACAAGUUUCUUCAUUUGGUUAGAGUAUAGCUUUACAUAAUUUGCUGCCAACAUAAAUUUAGGAUAUAAUUCAUUUCUAAAAUUUAAUUAAUUUUAAUUGUUUUUACUGUUGACUUUAUUAAAAUACUUUUCAUUCUAUACAUUAGUGCAAUCAACUGAGACUCGUCAGUUUUUUAUCCACUAUUUCAAAACCCUUUUUUUAUUUAAUUUUUUUCAGUACUGGGGAUUGAAUCCAGGGCUUUGAUGUUCAAGAAAAGUGCUCUACCACUAAGCUACAUCCCCAGACCUCUUAAAAAUUAUUUUGAAAAGAGUAAUAUAUUUGUUUAGGCUCAAAACAAAGGAUUUUUUGUUUUUGAUACAGAGUCCAAACUACAUAGCCCAAACUAGUGAUUCUCAGGCCUUAGACUUCUAGCUUCUAGAAUUAUAGAAGUGUGCCACUACACCAGCUUCAUGUAAUUAUUUUUUUAAACAAAAAUAUAUUUUAAAAUGUACAUAUAAUUAAAAUUUAACCUGAGCUGGGUGGUGGUGGCACACACCUUUAAUCCCAGCACUCGGGAGGCAGAGGCAGGUGGAUCUCUGUGGGUUCGAGGCCAGCCUGGUCUACAAGAGCUAUUCCAAGGCAGGCCUUAAAGCCACAGAGAAACCCUGUUUCAAAAAAAAAAAAAAAAAAAAGAAAGAAAAGAAAAGAAAAAAGGAAAAAAAAUCUGAUGUACUGCCUUCUAGUGCAUUGUUCGUCACAUUUUUCUUAUUUGUGAUAAUUUGCUUGCCUUAGAAAAAUUAUUUGCAGCUACAUGACAGAAAACGUCAUGUUUGAACGUCACAGUUUAAUACCACCAUACAUACAUAUUCACACACAUUAUUUGUUUUGGUGCGGGAGAAUUGUCUGUAUUCUGUCAAUCAUGUUAUAAAUAAAUGCUGAUUGGCCAGGCAGGAAAUACAGGUGGGAAAAACAGACAGGAAGCAAAAAUGAUGUAAGGAGAACAGGAGAAUUCUGGGAAGGAGGAAGCUGAUUCCUCCCACUCCUGCCCAGACCACCAAAGCAACAGGAUGUGAUCUACCCCACUGAAAAAAGGUACUGAGCCACAUGGCUAACGUAGAUCAGAAAAAUGGGUUAUCAAGAUGUGAGAGUUAGCCAGUGAGAGGCUAGAGCUAAUGGGCCAAUCAGUUUAUAAUUUAUGGAGACCUAUGUGUGAUUUUCUCUGGGACUAAACAAUUGAGGGGGACCUGGUGGGAGGACAAAAACCCCAACAACAAACAAGCCAGGCCUGUCCAUGUUACAUUGUUUGUUUAAUGGGAAUCCUUUCUUGAGUAAUACCAAGAAGCAAGCAGGGUGAGAAUUAGAAACUGUUUGGACUUGGAUUUUUCCUUUUCAGGUAAAAAAAAAAGCUUUCAGAGAUUAACAAAGAAGUUCUAGAGAGUUGUUUCCACUGAAAUAAUUUUAGUAAAUUUUACCUGGAAGCCCUCAGGUGUAGGGUAGUGAGGCUCGGCCUGUUGCCCAAGAGCUGGCUGAUGAGAGAGCAUCGUCUCACAGCCUUUGGUUUGUGCUUAGCCUUGUCAGCUCUGCUGUUAGGCUGUGACCGACAGAUGUGGCCUGCAAAAGUGAGGAUAUAGCAGCAAGAUGACUUCACCAGCACUCUUACUUCUGUCUACCAAGAUUUCCUAACUGCCAAUUUUGCCUCUGCAUUUGCCAAUUUAAUGGAUUUGACAGUAUUGAUGUCAGACUUGCUCGUGCCUCCAUGACUGCUUUUUGCAUAUGUUUCCAUAUUGAUGAUGUUGGUUGUGCCUUAUUCAAUUUUUGUUGGUACACAAAUAAAUCUCCUUAAUUUUUC